AUGGCCCCCAUCCUAACACGCAUCGGAGCUCGUCGCUAUACUCUGCCUAACGGGCUAGGCAAUGGAGACUUGAUGGUCGUGCUUGACAUGCUCCGUGCGUACCUGGAGCACGACGCCCACCUGAGGUCCGGUACAGCCGCGGAUCGUGCGUCACCAGCUGGGUACGGGGACUUUUCAUUAUCCUUCAAUAUGCUCCAAACAACCAACGGGCUCACCUCACGUGUCGCGGAAGAGUCCUCAGAGGGGCCAUGCAUCAGUGGCCCAUCCCCAUCACUCACAGACCUCAUUGGCGAGGAGGUACCACCAGCUCAACCCGUUCACACUAGCGCCUCCCAACCUCCGUCAGACGGACGCUGGCUCAGCUCCAGGAGGGCCGAGCUGAUGGAGGAGGCCCUAUGGAUGAACCUAGAAACCUCCAAAAGGCAGAGGGAGUGGCGCGACCGUAGCAUUGCCGAGCGGAAGGCAGCUAAACGCGCCCGUCACACUAUGAGCUCACUGCCCGACCAUCAGACCACAAACAAAGGAGAAGGGACCAGCGUUAUACACACCGGUUCUACUCCCCACUCUCCCCCAUCUGCCACUACCGUCAGUCCACGCCACCUGAGCCAAAUGGAGGUAGACAAUGACGAGGCCCGAACGCAUACUAGCGAGAGCACCAGAGGAGACACAGAAAAGGGAGCGAAAGGGAAAGGGAGGGCCACUAAGAAAUGA